GUAGCAGCAGACGAAGAAGAACAAGAGACCCGGAGCAGGAAGUGUCUGUUCACAUCGGCCCCCUCCAUGCCCCAUGUGAUGCUGUUCACUCGUUCAUUCAUUCUUGAAAAGACAACUUUAGCUAACGUGUUAGCUUUCUUUCCCAAAUAAACCAAAGACGAAUGCUGCGGUGUCUCUGCAGGCGGCCAGUAACAGCUAGCUAGCUAACGUAAGAAUCACGCUAAAGUUGUUUGGAAAAGUUCAUCUGUAGCCAUUGAUCACGUACGUUAAGUCUAAAUGAAAAGUGCGGUGGAUACUAGCAUGAUCAAGGAGAACCGGUGGAACGUACCCCCUAAUGCUCCCGCAUGCAUGGAGAAGCAUCUCAGCGCGGCGCAAUACAGAGCAGAUGGUACUCUGCUGCUCGGUGCCUCCAGCCUCACUGGCAGGAGCUGGCAGGGAUCACUUUGGAUCUACAGUGACUCUAAGCAGGCCCCCGAUGAGGAACUCUGCAAAGCUGGUGUGCAGACUGAGUCCGGAGUCACAGAUGCCAAAUGGGUAUCAGAAAAGGGUAUUCUUGUUGCGUCAGACUCGGGUGCCUUGGAGCUCUGGGAUCUGGCAGAGGAUGAACGUCUACUGGUGAAUCGUUUCACUAAACAUGAGCACGACCACAUUGUCACCACAGUGAGCCCAGUUGCUGGAGCAAACAGUGCCGUCACUGGCAGCAUGGACUGUCGAAUUAAAGUCUGGGAUCUCAGUCAGGAGACUGCUGUCACUACCUACAAUGCGCACACGCAGCCAGUCAGCUGUGUUGCUUGCAGUCCUACAGAUGAGUCUCUCUUCAUCUCCUGUGGUCAAGAUGGCCGUGUGCUGAUGUGGGACAGGAGAAAGCCAAACAAACCAGCCUCAAGAAUAGAUGUGGAAUCCCCCAGCUGCUCCCCUACCACUGUAGCUUGGCACCCCCACCACAGAAGCACCAUUGCUUUUGGUGAUGACUUGGGCCGAGUGACAGUGAAGGACUUCCUGGGAACAGAGCCGGCCCGGGUAGAGAACGCCCACAGCCGUAGAGUCAAUGGGCUCGCCUUUUCUACACAUAGUGCUUCCUUGCUCGCCUCCGUAAGUGAUGAUUGUUCACUCGUUGUUUUGAACUCUGAUCUGCGAGAAAUACUCAAAGAUCGGCGACACCAGGACUUUGUCAAAGGUGUGUGCUGGCUCCAUGGUGACUCCAACACCCUCACAACCGUAGGCUGGGACCACCUUGUGCUUCACCAUACGGUGGAUCCAACUGCUGAAGCUCCCAACUCGUCCUCUUAGACCCACAGAUGCUUAAGAUGACUACUCCCUCCCCCUAUUUUUGAGGGGCAUCCAUAAUAUCUAAAAAGUUGAAUCUGUCGGUCAGGAAAUAUGGAUUAAAGUGUUUCACUGUCAUUUAGUACUCCACAUAUGUGCAGAUUACUUUGGCGCUCACAGUCCUGGCCUUAGUGCAUUGCCAAGAUACUCUACUAUUACGUUCUUUCUUUCCACUUCCUUCAUUCUGUAUAGCAUUUCCAUGUGUAAUUACACUUAAGGCAACCCAUUUGUAUGGCAUCAUUUUACAUUAAAGGUAACUUAAUGUUAAUGAUA